CGAAAUAAAUGGAAGCGGGAAACGCGACGUGGAACUUCUUCAUCCUGCUGGGAUUUUACGAGAGGCCUGAUAUGCACGUUACUCUGUUCGCCAUCCUUCUUCUUAUUUACGUUAUGGCUUUAACGGGCAACCUGACCAUCAUCCUGGUGAUAUUUAAGGAGCGCCGCCUACGCACGCCCAUGUACUUCUUUCUGUGUAACUUGUCCUUCCUCGACAUAACCUACACGUCGACCGUCGUCCCCAAGCUCUUACAUAUCUGCCUAACCGGAGACCAGUCCAUUCCGUACGCGGCGUGUAUCGCGCAAGUGUUCCUCUUUGUCCUAUGCGUGGUGGCAGAAUACUUCCUCCUGGCGGUCAUGGCUUACGACCGAUAUGCGGCCAUUUGUAACCCCCUCAUUUACCCGCAUUUGAUGAACUUGAAUGUCUGCGCUCUGCUUGCGACGGCUUCUUGGUGUUUCGGUCUCCUGGAAUCCUUCUUGUUUCUCGGACUGAUUUCCCAAUGCUCUUUUUGUCAGUCCAAGGUCAUUAACCAUUUAUUUUGUGACCUCAAACCCCUCAUCAAGCUGUCCUGCAGCAGAACCGACAUUUUGGAGCUAGCCGUCCAAGUGUCUGCUGUCCUCUUCGGCGUCGUCCCUCUCGUCUUCGUUCUCGUGUCUUAUGUCUUGAUAAUUUCCGCAAUCCUGAGGAUCCGCUCCAGAGAAGGGAAGCGCAAAGCCUUCUCCACCUGCUCGUCCCACCUCACCGUGGUCAUCUUGUUCUUUGGAAUUAUCCUCACCAUGUACCUGAGGCCGAAGUCUGCGUACUCCAUAGAGCAGGAUAAGGCGCUGGCUCUCAUGUACACCCUGUGUAUCCCCACGUUAAAUCCCGUUAUAUACAGCCUGAGAAAUAAAGAGGUGAAAGAGGCUCUCGGGAGACUCAAGAGGAACGUUCUGAGAUGCGGCGGUGUCUGAAAACUGAAAGCAAAAUCCGAAACCGCAAUAAAUAUGUUUGUAACAGACCUGUGCAUUUGUAUUUGUAUAAAUUGCAAAUUUACUGAAUUUUGGUAAAUUAAGCGAUUCAUACAAGGUCCCAAAAACGAGGCCAAACCCCCAUGACUUGGACGAAAACAAAGCAAAGAGCCCUGAAUUUUCGUAUGAAAUUGAUGGGUCCACAUUCACCCACACGCUCUCUCUCAUUCUCUCACACUCGCAUUCUCAUUCACUACCUCUUACGCUCUCUAAACGUUUUCUUACUUUCUUUGCUGACAAAUUCCACUGCCACAUCUUCUUCUAUGGUAUCCCUUCUCUUUUCUCCUUUCUCUCUUCAGUCUGCUUUCUUCUUUCUUCAUCCGCAUCUCCGCGGACGUAACCUGGCAGGAACUUCUGCCAAAAUGGGAAAGUAAACGAAAAAGAGAGUGUGAAUGUGGACAUUCCUCCUUGAAAUCAUUGGCCGUAUUCUAUUACUGGAGAUAUAUUUAGUCAUAUACCAC